UCGUUGCUAAUGUCAAGUGGAACGUACGCAUUGAAAUUGCGCGCAAUACACUGUUUUGAAGGAAAAUAUAUUUCCUCGACCAAUCCUCCAUCGCGGCGAAUCGGAGCACGCUAGAUGUCGUUGAUUCACUUCCACUUCCGGCGCCGAAUGAGAUCGUGAAAUUGUACUUACGCAAUUUGUUGUGUUGUGUCUCGAUAAAGUGUGACCCGGCGUCGAAACGUAAAUAACGCAGAUAUUUUACGAGAUAGUCUUCAGAUAAAACUGCGUCGAUCGUUGCAAAAAGUUCGAUCACUUUCACCGACAACAUGGAGCACCUGCUUACGGAACUAUUUAAUAACCAGUUGAAAACGUUAGUUCGAGAAUGCAUAAACAAUUCGUCCCUUUUGCACGAUCCAAAGUUCUCCUCCAUCAAGGAGCUCAUAGAGCAUUACGGUGGCAAGAUACCACAAGCUAAAGCCAGUCCUGCGUCAGAUACCAAUAAUGAAUUUAGAAGCGAGCCUGCAGAACCGCAGGUUGAAUCUGAACCUGAACCUGAAUCUGAGAGCGAGGAGAGUGACGUGGAGCUGGAUAUGACUGGUGUAAUUGAACCAGAUGAAGAUGCUCCUCAAAAAAUGGGAGAUCUACUAUUGCAACCCACAGAGGAGCAAUGUACGGAAUCACAGGCAAUAAGAUCUCAAGCAGUCUCUGCAUUUAUGGAAAAAGACUAUGAGAAAGCUGUACAACUUUACACAGAAGCUAUCGUAUUGAAUCCACAGGCAGCUUUAUUGUACGCUAAACGAGGUCAAAUCUUUCUGCUAAUGAACAAGCCGAAUGCCUGCAUUCGUGAUUGCGAUCGUGCUAUAGAAUUAAACCCGGACAGUGCGGCGGCUCACAAAUUCAGAGGACGGGCCUAUCAUCUUCUUGGAAAAUUCGAGGAAGCGGCGAACGACCUGAGAUUAGCCUGCAAACUUGAUUUUGAUGAGCAAGCGGACUUGUGGCUGCGCGAUACUACGCCGAAUGCGCGAAAGAUAGAAGAGCACAAGAGGAAGAUGGAGCGAAAGGCGCAGGAAAAAUUGGAGCGCGAGAGGCAGGAAAGAAUACAAAAAGCUCGAGAGGCCGCAAGAGCUCGCGAGGAAAAUACGCGAACAUCUCAGACGGACGCCGGCGGCCCGUCUCCCGGGGAUUUCUAUCAAUUCCUCAAAGAUCCCGACGUACUUCAAUCUUUCCAAGAUCCGGAAGUGUCCGAGGCCUUCAAGGAUAUCUCCGCUAAUCCGACAAAUGUUCUGAAAUAUCAGAACAAUCCCAAGAUAAUGGGUCUUAUCAAUAAAAUGGCCUCGAAAUUCGGCGGUAUUGGUGGCGCUGCUGCCGGAAUGAACUUCCCAGGUGGCAUGCCCGGUUUUCCUGGUGCCGGGAUGGGACGUCCGAACCCUCCGAAACCACCGCAGGAUGACGUUGGCCUCGACUAAUCAUUUCUAUCCUCGCAAUGUAUGCAUGUUGAUUAGCUGACUCAUUAAAGGCUCAUUUGCAUUUAGCUGUUCCUUUUAUGUUGCGCUGAAUCGCGCCAAAAAAGGAUUUGAAAAAUCUUGACAAUAUUGAUAUCAUUGAUCAUAAUUAAUGGAUCGAUUAUAUAAACGUUGAAUUAAUUCUGCAUUUUUGUUCUUGUUAUUAUUUUCACUGUAGAUAAAAUCUUUGGUUUGAAUUGUGUACUAUAUUCCGCAAAUUAUUCGAUUUAAAUUUCUUUUAUUUAAAAUAAUUUAUUUCUGUUGUAUUUUUUUGCAAUUUAUUAGAAAACCACGUGUCUCUUAAUGCUAAGUCUCUUAAUAAUAAAGUGUAAUUGCGUUGGGGAAAUAUAAAACGAACGCCUUUAAUGAGUUAAAAAAGCGCUCUAUUGUUUAUAUCUCUCGCUCUAUAAAAUACAAAAAAAUAUAAGUAUAUGUAAAAUCAGAUAUAUACGAACAGCAUGUACAUCAGUGAUAUGUUUAUAUAUUCGAAAAAGAACUUUUAUUGAAUCAAUAUAGUUUGUUAUACAUUAUAAAGCGCCCUUUGCGCGUUUUCUAAGAAGACGAAUUUCGUCGUAUGUGUGCGUUGUAUUUCAUUACCUAAUGCCCCCAUUUAUCGUCUCUGUUAUUAACAGCUUCUCAGGCAGGUAUUGUCUCUCGAAAUAGCGUCAAGUUAUUUGUCCGACUCGCAAAAGAUCGACGAUAACAAAGCUAAUUAUUUAGCUAAAAUUGGCUACAUAUAGUCGUUGACAUUUUAUUCUCAACGUUCACCUUGUUUAAUAUCUAUAUGUCUCAGUGCCAUACAUUAAGGUAUGUGUAUACUAAUUAAUUUGAUGUUAUCGAGUUGGUUAAUUACGAAUUAACUCGUGAUGAAUAAUCUCUCAUAAUGUGAUGGUUCGCAAAAUGAAAAAUUUAACGAAAUAGCCAUUAAAUUUAUUAUUGCUAUUAUAUCCCUGUAUAUCGUUCGCAAUUUAAUGAGGGAACUAUAUCGGCACUGCCCUGAUUUUUUCGUCCAAGAGAUAAUAUUAUAUUAUACAUUGAAAUAAAAUAAAGCAUUGAUUACGAAAAUAAAACACCACUUUGUAUGCGAGAUAGAUAUAAACUGUCACGUUGAGUACUUAUAAGGUAUUCAAAUAAUGCGACCUAACAUUCUACAAGAAAGCUCGGCAGUAGAACUCCAUUUAUCAGUAUCGUAUUUUAAAAAGGGAUUUCACAGAUCGAGCUUUCAUCGGAAGUCUUACGAAAAAAUACAAUAUAAUAGUUGGUAGUUCUUUUUCGUUUACACUACCAUAAUUAAUAAUCAAAAUACGACAACAUAGUUAUCGGUUUGCGGACACAAAUAAUCUUAAGAAUUAAUAAUUAAGCUUUAAAAUAUUGAUAGUGUUUAAUAACACAUUAUUCGAUUAAUAAAUAUUGAUGGCGUAUUUACUAAA